AUGGGCAACGGCCCCCUCAAGAUGCGUUUCCCCGUUGUAUUUCACGUUUUGACGGCUCUUACCUUGAGCGCAUCGGUGUUCGGCGCUCCAGUGCCGUCACCCCUCGGCGAGAGCAGCGGGCGGGCGGCCGUGACAGCCGACUUGGGCCAGAGCCACAGCGGCAGUGGCAUCGGCCGAAGCAGCAGCAUACCGGCUACCGACCAAGAGGAGGGCCGUUUGGACUUGGACGAGGCGGGGAAGGACAAGAAGAAGGGUCGCUUUUCGGAAGCAUGCAGAACAGUGCAUUAUAACGCGCGGUAUGUUUGCGACAAGCAUUUUAGGGAGCGUCAGUAUAGCAUUACAGAGAACAAAGAUUAUCAUGAGUGGCUGAAGGAAAAUAAGCCUUAUCACCACGGGGUGUACAACAAAAGUGGGGACACGAUUACCUCGGGGGAUCUCGAAAAAUUGUUCCCGAAGUACCCAUCCGGGCGUAGCGCAACUCACAAUUAG